AUGAGUGCGAUAGUGAACGCGGCCGCCGACGUGAUAUCUGGCACGACCAUCGCAGCUGCAGGUACGCAGGUUGCAUGGUUCAUCCCUAUGCUAGUUGCGGCGAUAGCCUACUACCAAUUUGACCAAACAGACCCUGAAGGAAGACCGACGGAUGUACCAGAUUCGAGACUUUUACCCGAGUACGACUUCAUCGUCGUAGGCGCUGGAUCUGCUGGAGCCGUAGUGGCAAAUCGUCUCUCCGAAAUUGGUUAUUGGAAUGUUCUCCUCCUAGAAGCAGGUGGAGAUGAAACUGAAAUAUCUGAUGUGCCUCUACUGGCAGGCUACCUGCAACUUAGUAAGCUUGACUGGAAAUAUAAGACUGAACCUCAAGGAACUAGUUGUUUAGCAAUGGAAGGUGGCCGGUGCAACUGGCCCCGGGGAAAAGUUCUCGGAGGAAGCUCAGUAUUAAACUACAUGCUAUACUUGAGAGGAAACAAAAAAGACUACGAUAUUUGGGAAUCACUUGGAAAUGAAGGAUGGGGAUAUAAGGAUGUUUUAUAUUACUUCAAGAAAUCAGAAGAUAAUCGGAAUCCUUACUUAGCGAAAACGCCAUAUCACAGCACUGGAGGAUAUUUAACUAUUUCAGAAGCUCCUUAUCACACACCACUCGUAUCGAGUUUCAUUGAUGCUGGAAUAGAAAUGGGUUACCUCAACAGAGACAUAAACGGAGAGAACCAAACGGGAUUUAUGGUAGCUCAGGGUACGUUAAGGAGAGGUCACCGGUGUUCUACCUCAAAAGCUUUUUUGCGACCAGCAAAGGAUCGAAAGAACCUCCACAUCUCGAUCAAUUCUUUUGUUACCAAAGUCAUGAUAGAUCCGAGAACGAGGAUUGCUUUUGGGGUGGAAUUUGUAAAAAAUAAAAAGAUAUAUAGAAUAAGAGCUCGUAAAGAAGUUAUUCUUUCAGCCGGCACCAUUAAUUCCGCUCAGUUACUUCUACUAUCAGGCAUUGGCCCCACGGAGGAAUUAGUAAAACAUAGGAUACCAUUAAUUCAGAACCUUCAAGUAGGUAAAAAUCUUCAAGACCAUAUAGGCUUAGGAGGUUUAGCUUUUAUGGUUAACAAACCGAUUUCAAUUGUUGAAAACAGACUUCAUACUAUGAGCACUUUAAUGGAAUAUGCAGUGAUGGGCGAGGGACCAUUAACGAUCAUGGGUGGAGUAGAGGGAUUGGCAUUCGUGAAUACGAAGUAUGUUAAUGCUUCAGACGAUUUCCCCGAUAUAGAGUUUCAUUUUAUAUCUGGAGCAACUAACUCCGACGGAGGUGAGCAGCUCCGAAAAAUUCACGGCUUAACCGAUAAAUUUUACAGAGCAGUUUUUGAGCCGAUAAACAAUCUAGACGUAUGGAGCAUUAUCCCAAUGUUAUUGCGUCCCAAGAGUAAAGGCUUUAUUCAAUUAAGAAGUGCAAAUCCUUACGAUUACCCGUAUAUUUACCCAAAUUAUUUGACCGAUGAGAUGGACGUAAAAACUUUAGUCGAAGGAGUUAAAAUUGCAUUUUCAGUGUCAAGAACAAGGGCUUUCCAAAAACAUGCUUCUGUAUUUAACAAAUACGUUUUUCCCGGUUGUCAUCAUAUUCAAAAAUUUACUGAUGCGUUUUGGGAGUGUAUGAUAAGACAAUAUACAUGUACAAUAUACCAUCCUGUCGGAACAGCUAAGAUGGGACCUUACUGGGAUCCCCAGGCUGUAGUUGAUCACGAACUAAAAGUGUAUGGUGUAAGAGGACUCAGAGUUAUAGAUGGAAGUAUUAUGCCCAAUUUAGUAAGCGGUAAUACAAAUGCUCCCAUUAUUAUGAUUGGAGAAAAGGGCAGCGAUAUGAUUAAAGAGUAUUGGUUAAAACGUCGGAUGUCCAGAUACUACGCCUGA